AAUAAUAAAGAUCAGAAAUUUUAACAGAUAUUUAAGCAUCUGUGGGCAAUAGCAAAAAGUCUAACACAGUUGUAAUUGGAGCCCAGAAGAGAGGAAAGAGAAUGGGCCCGAAAAAUGUAUUUGAAGAAAAUAUGGCUGAAAGUUUCUCUAGUUUGAUGAAAUAUACAAUAUUACAGAUUCAAAAAGCUAACCAGAAGAAGGCAAAUAUAAAUCAAACUAAGAUCAUCAUUGUCAAACAUCUGAAAACCAAAGUGAGGGUAAACCAUCAAAGUUCUCAUGGCACCAAGGAUUCAAGCAAUGGGGUAAUGGAGCUCCUGGACAUUUAUUUUCUCACCAGUGAAAAUUAAUGAAGACCCAAGAGUUACUGCAGCAAUAGUGAUGAGAAGAAGUUUCAGCAGCUAGAGUGUUUUGGACUCUGUCCAGUGAACUGCAGCAGCCUUAUUCUUCCUGUCUUAUUCUUGCUGUCAUCUCAAUUCAAGGGGUCCACUGGGUCUCCUGGCUUCUCCCUCUCCAUAUCAUCACCUCAGAACUCUCCCAAACAAGACACAGCACUUUCCUCCUGUCAAGAAAACUCCACCAACGUAUAUGACUCCAAAAAGCCAUCUGGAUUUGCCCCUAGCAGUGUUGUAAGCUUGCUUAUGAGGACAACUUUUAACAGAAACCAUCCUAGAAACAGUUUUAUUUAAAGGACUAAUUUUGCAGUAAAGAAUUAGAAGGACUCCUUCCUGCUCAGCACUGAACCUUCUAACUAGAGCUAACUAUUCCUGUAAGAGAAGUUCAAGAGGAUAUUGUACGUCCCAACAAGAAAGGGCUGCGAUACGCAUUAUUUCCUCAAGAGGAAAAAAAAAUACCUCUAGGAAAUGAAAGAGAAGAUAACAGAGAAUCUCAAAUGGUCAUAAUUUUUCCAACUUCAUCUAUAUCUGAAUUUUGAGAUACUCUAUGAUAUUUGGCAAUUAACAGUGAGGAAACAAGAUAGAAGGAAGAAACUACCAAGGACUAUUUAUUUUAAAAUAUUCAUUGUCCAAUGAAUCCAUCUAAAAGAUUUGCAAAUAUCCCACAAGCCAGCUGCUUUCAAAAAGACCUCUAUCAGUAGCACAAGAUGGUACCAUUGGCAUAUUAUGAUCAACACUUUGUGCCUUUAGAACACUCUUACCAACUGGCCACAACCAAUUCAUUAACACAUCAGCACACAGGUGAAAAACUAAGUCAAUCUAAUAACCAGCCUGUGGUCAGACUGCAGUCCCAUAGUAAUCAUCUUGCAGCACCUCCACUUGGCUCUAAGCAGAUGGCGCAGAGCUGCUCAUUAUUGUCAUCUGUCAAGUCUCAGGACACAAUUUCACAGGGCUUCAAUAACAAGGCUCUGAAAGCACCAGUAUCCCAACCCAAAUGUCAGGCCACACCUUCACUAGACCUCCACCAGAGAACUUCACUGUGGCCUAAUCGGAGAGCACUGAGCUCACCUGUGAUACACCAUAAAUCUCAGACAACACCUUCACUUGAACUUAAUAAGACAUCUUCAUCUAUGGAGUCCACCCAAACAAAUCUGAGCUCACAAUUACCCCUCCCCAAACCUCAGACUACAUCUUCACCAGGCUUUUGCCAGACAUCAUCUUCACAGAAGUCUAAUCAAGGAGUCUCAAGUUCAUCAUUAUUCCCCUCCAAACAUCAAGAAACACCUUCCCUAGACGUCCUCUGGACAUCAUCAUCUUUGGGAUCUAAUCAAAGAGUGCUUAGCCUAACAUUACCACAAUCCAAGCCUCAGAAAGCAUCUUCAUUGGAUAGCCUUUGGACAUCUUUGUUAGAGCACAAUCAGAGAUCUUUGAGUUCACCAUCACUCAACUCUAGACUUCAAAUAAAUGACUUGCUUCAGUCAUCACGUUCAUUGGAAUCCAAUCAAAUGGCUCUGAGCUCACCAUUACCUGUCUCAAGAUCUCAGACAGCACCUGCACUGAAUUCUAGUUCCUGUGUUCCGAGUUUACCAUUGUCCCACUCAAAACCAAGGAAAUCACCUUCAGCACAUUCUGUCCGCCAGGCUCAGAGUUUGCCAUUGUUCUCACUCAAAUCUCAGACAGUGCUUACACUUAAUCAUGACUUUAGGACCUUGAGCUCACCAGUUUGUCACUCCAAGUUUCAGAGCACUUUGUCACCAAAUGACAAACAGAAAGCUACAGAUUUAUCUUCACCCCAUUCUAAACCAAAUGUUUUAGGUCCAUCAUUAACAAGCUCCAAACACUUUAUCAGAAAUAUAGCUGCUUCAACAUUGGGCUCCAGAUUCCAAAGUAAAAGCAGCUUUGAUCUUUGUGCAAAGACAGAACCAAAUAAAGAAAUUCCAUGGAGUUUAAAUUACAUUUAUCCCUGCAUUGUUAAAGGUGGAACUGUCCCUGAUGAUGUCCUAAAUAAAAUUGUGAAUUCUCUUUCCAAGACUAGAAUCCAGAGGGAUCUCUGUAGGCAGAUUCUUUUUCGAAGGAUGAGGGGAAGACCAAAUCCUCAUCCUGGUCCCCGUCUUUCAUCAAAUUAUGUAGUUUGUUUAGCUUGUGCUUCCUGCAUAAAAUCUCAGUGUAACCAUCUUACAGGAAGGAAGGAUCCUCGAGGUGCAACACUGUUUGUCAUACCAACACCUGAACUCGGUUCUGAGGGAGAAUCGGAAGUGAAAUUAGUUUUUCUCCUUUCUCUACCAGAGACUUCUCUCUCAUCUUGUCUCCCAUCCCCUGUGAAAGAAAAUCAGCCUGAUGAAGCCCCUGAAGACAACCUUGAAGGAAUGGAGAAGAUACAUAUUUUCUCUCCAUCUGAACCUGAAAUCACACAGGAGCUAAAUAACAAAUGGCCGACAGUAGCCCCUGAAAACAAAGUUGUAAGCCAACAACCCGAGGCUAUUGACUGGCUGCUUUAUGUUAAGAAAAGUAGUAAUUUUCAGCCACAAUCCUCUUCCUCCUCUACAUCCUCCUCCUCCUCUUCAUCUUCAUCUUCUUCUUCCUCUUCCUCUUGCACUCCACCUUCCUUACUGCCUCCUUCCAAAGAGUCUACUACAUCUACUCUCUCAGGUUGUGUAUUCACUAAGGUACUUAGUUACCACCGGUUGCCUCCAGGGGUCUCCUGGCUUGAGUUUAUAUGUAGUAAAAAUCACCAGCCACCUCCUGGAAAACCACAACAAAGUCAAUCACGACUUCCCAAAACAAGGCCUAUGAGGAAUAGCACCACAGUAAAAGGGUCAAAGGAGCCAAAGAUACUGUUCAAAUUUUUCCAGACAGUUUCAAAAUGAGACAAAUAUUGAUUAAAUUAACUUUUUGUUUCUUUGAAAGCAAUUGACCUCUUAGUUCUUUGGAACUAGAGAUUGAUUUCCUACCAUGCUUAUUAAAAUUCUUAGUAAUAACCAAGUGUGACUGUAUAUUUUAGCUGAUGAAACACCUAGUUAAGGGGAACUAAUACUCUUAAGUCUAUUUUCUAGUUAAAUAAUAGACUAUGAUCUCCUAGACGACAAAACUGAAUCCCAGGUUUUUAACCAAAAGCCUGGCUUAUAGUAGCCACAUAUAAUCAUUGUUACAUGAAUUAAUCAUAAUUGGCCAUAAAUCAGAAAUACCUCAUCUAUCUUGUCCUGAACAGUAUCUAGCUCAUUGUUAUUCUCAUUUCUCAUAAAACAUGAUAAUGACAGUAUCCUUAAGCCAAUUCAUACUAAUCUGUUCCCCUAUCUCUAAAGAAAAUUCAGAUCAUGUUCAACAGGUAAGAAUGUACAUAGAGAGGAAUUUUUUCUCUAGUUAUAUGAAUCUCUUUCUAGUUAUGUGUUCCUAAGGAAAAUCCUUCUAUGCUAAGUUCCCACACUCUGAAAUCCAGUGAUUUAUUCAACCUUAGUUAACAAAUCUCAGCAGAGAACUAACUAGUACAAAUAACUCUACCUGUCAUCCGUGCCAGUAUUUAUAGGCUCUGUGCCAAUAUUUAAAUUGUAGGCUCUAAAGUUACCUGUUCAUCACUUCUAUCUAUACAUCCAAAAUGGGUUAAUAAAAAUGUUUCAAAAAUGUUUUUGUUCCACUGGGUCUACUGGUAGUGGGAAGGGAAAGACUGUCUUAUCUACUUACCUUAAGUGAUCAUCUCAAUCCCCAAGAACUAGAAUUAGUAUCUCGUGCAUGCACUGAUGACUUAAAAUUCUGUUCUACCAAUAUCUUUUGACUCUAUGCUGGACAGUUCCAACUGAAUAAUGCACAGGCAUCUCAAACUCAACAUGAUGAAACCAGAAUUAUUAUCUUUACAUUUACAAUUUGGAUCAUUAUAUUUACAAUCCUUUGCCCCUAGUGUUCCUGUUUCAAUGAAUGUACCACCAUUCAUCAUGGAGGCAUGUUUGACUGUUCUUUUUUUUUUUUUUUUUUUUUUUCAUUGCCUGCCCCUCUCUUAGGUCCAUGAGUUCUAUGGCCUUUCUGUUCCUAGAAUACAGCUUUUUUUUUCUCUAAUCCCAAUCCUUGUCCUAGUUGUGAUCACAACUGUUUGUCACCUGGAUUACUGCAAUAACUCCUAAACGUGCAUUUCUAACUUUUGAAUACAUUUGUAAGGAACAAAUUUGGCAAUGCCAUUCCACUGCCUAGAAUCCUUUCAUCAUUGCCCAGUGUUUUCUUGGCAAAGUCUAAAUUUCUUUUAUAAUUGAACUAUGGUAGCCUCUCAACACUUAUUUUU